AUGAAUGACCCCACUAUGUUGCAACAAAUGUCAAGCAACCCUAUGCUUUUAAACCGAGUUUUUGGUGCACAGAGUGGAGGUUUAAGAGCGGCACUUUUAGCGAAAAUGGCAGGCUAUGGUGGAGCUGCAGACGGAACAGCCUAUAACCCUCAAAGUCAAAUGAAUUUGAGUUCACUCAAAAAUCAAAUAACAGAUGUCAAAAAGUCAAACAUAGACAUACAGAAACAAAUAAGUGAAAACGAAAAGAAACUAGAAUAUGACAGACACACAAAGAAACUCAAUGAGUUAAACGUAGAGAAAAAGAAGAAAGAAGAACAACUGAAAGAACUAAGUACAGAGGAAUAUGCGAAAAAAGUGUCAGAAAAAGCAGCAGAAGUAGCAAAAAUGGAACAAGAUGUUAUAAAUUUGAAAAACCAUACUACUCAAUAUAAAGUACUGAAAGAUGAAGAAAUAAAACAAAAAGCCCUGAAGACAUAUAUGGAUAGCGAUGAGUAUAAAAAAGAAGUUGAAGCAAAUGUAAAGGCAGAAAAACUUUUACAGUUGCAAAACCAAACCGUACAGUAUGAAAACUUAGCACAAGAAAGUAAAAAUAACGACGCAGCCAUGCAAAAGGCAAUGAAAAGCGCAGAAUAUAUAAAAGCUAAUAAUGACUGGUUAGAUGCCCAAGCCAACGCUAAAGCAGCCCAACUUAUAGGGUCAAUAAGGACAAAAAUACAAGCGGAUGAAGACAGUUCAAAUGAAGCUUUAAUGAAUGCUGACUUUAAGAAUGCCUUCGAAGCUCUUCAUAGUAAGGUGAAACUAGUGAACGACUUCUCAUCUGGAAAGAAACUGAAGUCUGAAGGUUUCGACAAAGAGUUAAGAGAAGUAGCACAAAAUAUGACGAAAAUAACAGAUGCAGCAACGAGACAGGCAGUUCAAAGUGCCUAUGACGCCGUUAGAGCAACUGUUGUGGAAAGUCAAGAAAAAGA